AUGUCGCAAGAGAGCAUGCCUUCUGGGGCGCCGCCAGAAAAGGAAGCGCCCGACGUCUUUCAUCUGGAAAAGCAUGGCAGUGGGCUGGCAGACGGCGACUCGAGCGGCGACCAUGUUGUCUUUACUGAACAGCAGCAGCGCGGCAUCAUGAAGCGCAUCGAUCGUCGCUUGGUCCUUACUGUCGGUGCCCUGUACUGCGUCAGUUUGAUGGACAGAGUAAACAUGAGCGCUGCCAACAUUGCCGGCAUGGCCAAAGAGCUGGAGCUUACUGGCUACCGAUAUGGCAUUGCCAAUCUCGUCUUCUUCGUCACAUACAUCGUCUUCCAGCCCCCAUCGACCGUCCUGAUUCGUGCCAUUGGCCCUCGUCACCAUCUUUCCACAAUCACCUUUCUCUGGGGUGUCGUUACCUUGGGCAUGGGCUUCACCAAGAAUCAUGCUCAAAUCACCGCGCUGCGGGCUGUCCUGGGUAUCUUCGAGGCUGGUUUCUUCCCUAGUGCUGUCUACUUGCUCAGCACCUGGUACACGCGAUACGAUGUCGGCAAGCGAUACUCUGUCUUUUACAUUGUAGGCUGCGUUGCCACGGCCUUUUCCGGUAUUCUUUGCUACGGUCUUAUGCAACUAGACGGAGAAGCAAACCUCACAGGCUGGAGAUGGAUCUUUCUCGUCCAGGGACUCAUCACCGUCGUCUUGGCCACGGUUGCCUACUGGCUCCUCGUCGACUUUCCCGACUCGGACCGCCCGACGUGGAAGUUUCUGAGCAAGGACGAGCUGCGGUGGGUGGUGUCGCGCAUCCAGCAGGACCGCGGCGACUCGGCCAUGUCCAAGUUUGAGCUGAAAAAGUUUGUGCGCAACGGGCUCGACCCCAAAAUCUGGGCCUACGCCAUGCUCUUCUUCAACACCACCACAAUCACCUACGCCCUGGCCUACACGCUGCCCCUCAUCCUCAUGGGCAACAUGGGCUUCACCGUCGGCCAGGCCCAGUGCCUCGUCGCCCCGCCGUACGUCUUUGCCGGCAUCGUCAUGUUUCUCAGUGGCUACAUUGGCGACCGCUUCCGCUUUCGCGGCCCGCUCAUCAUCUUCAACAUGGUGCUGUGCCUGAUUGGCCUGCCCAUCAUGGGCUGGCACAGCAACGCCGGAGUGCGCUACUUUGGCGUCUUUCUCGUCACCGCCGGCGCCAACUGCAACGUUCCCACCGUCAUGUCCUUUCAGGCCAAUAACCUGCGCGGCCAGUGGAAGCGUGCCUUUUGCAGCGCCACCCUCGUUGGCUUUGGCGGCAUCGGUGGCAUUGCCGGCAGCCUCAUCUUUAGAGAGCAGGACAAGAGCACGGGCUACAAGCCGGGCAUGUAUGCAUGCAUUGCAUGCGCUUCCCUCAACAUUUUGCUUGUUCUCUGCUGCGACUUGGCCUUCAAGGUUGCCAAUAAGAGAGCGGACAAUGGCGGCAAAGUGCCCGAGAGUCACGAGGAUGACGCAGCCCCUGAUUUCCGCUACACUUACUAG